AUCCCCAAUUUCGCGAAAACCCGUUUUUUCCCGUUUUCUCGCGCGUCACUUCGUUUCCAGAGAAGAAAUUUUCUGAUUUUGAUUUUCAUUUCGUUCCGCAAAGAAAGCGCCCAAAAUGCGUCAUAAACAGGUAAGCAAUUCUCUAAUUACCUUCAAAACACUGGGUCAAUACCAAGGAUCAUGCACUGCACAGAAACACAACAAUCAGUCGCUUAUAUCACUGAUAAGAAAGGGUUUGUUAGAGCGUCACUGUGCGGCGCUAAGAGCGCUCGCAUAAAUAAUGAGGCACGCACUGCGCAUGCGCGUAACAAAAAGUAUGGUGGCUCAUUAGAAAUGUUAUAAAGGGUGUUGUUAACCCUUUUAAGACUAGAUGAAAAUUUAAUGAUUAUUAUCAUACUGUUAAGGCUUAUAUUCCAUUUUCCUGCAAUUUUCAUGUCAUAUUUAUGUGAUCAGUGCAAUAAAAUGAUUAUAUUUAUACAUUGUUGUACGUUAUAUUUAAUUAUUAUUAUGGGGAUGUGGUGAUUUCUACCUUCUUUAAAAGAAAUCAACUGGAUUUCUUUCAGAAAACUCCAAUGAAGGCUGGUGGUUACCGCCGAUAUGACCUUGAAUCUCUUGAAAAGGCCUAUGAUUUUGUUAUUUCUGGUGCUGCUGGACCAUGGAAAGCAUCUCAACUCUUUGGUGUCCCAGAAACAACAUUAAGGGACCGUGUUGCUGGGAGAAUAAGACCCGACACAAAGCGUUCUGGCCCUCCAACUAUCCUUGCCCCUGAUGUCGAGCGCACCAUGGUGGAGCAUAUUGAAGAUAUGGCAAGAAGAGGAUAUGGAUACACCAGGCAAGACAUCGUUCACCUCGGAAAUGACCUUCUCUUAUCAUUGGUAAAGACUACACCAACACAGAAGCCAUUGUCCUUCAAAUGGUAUUCCGGCUUCAUGUCAAGAUGGCCAAGUUUACAGUUACAGACACCAAGAUCAUUAAGCAUGUUAAGGGCUAAAGCCUUUAACAAAGAACUAAUUGACAAGUAUUAUAAUGAUCUCAAAGCUAUCCUCCAAAAGUAUAAUCUCAUGGACAAGCCUGAAUUGAUAUACAACCUCGAUGAGACAGGUGUGAAUACAGAGCACAACCCACCACGGAUUGUUGGCCCUGUCAAUGAACGCCUGCCAGCAAUCACAUCUACUCGAGGCGCGAUCACCACAGUUCUUGCAUGUGGGAAUGCAAUAGGGAAUGCUAUGCCCCCGUACUUUGUAUUUGCCGGAAAACGUGCCAACGCAGACCUGAUGCAAGGAGCUAUGCCUGGAGCAGCCUCUACUAUGAGUGAUAAUGGCUGGUCAAAUGGUACAGUGUUUAGAAAGUACAUAACAGAACAUUUCCUGAAGUACAUCGUCCGCAGGAACGACCCAGAGCAGCACAUCAUCCUCCUGUAUGAUGGACACAAAAGCCACAUUAACUCUGAGAUCAUCAACUGGGCCAAGUCUCAAAAUAUAAUUCUGUUUGUAUUGCCUCCUCACACCUCACACAGAUUGCAGCCCCUGGAUGUGGCAUGCUUUGGACCUUUCAAGCGCGCUCUCAACAGGGAGAUGGCAAGCUUCUUGAGGACCAAUCCUGGAAGACUCAUCACCCGAUAUGACAUCUGCCCUAUGGUAUGCAAGGCCUAUCCAAAGGGCCUUGCUCCUGCUAACCUCAUCAGUUCUUUUAAGAAUACAUGUGUUGAACGAAACCCAAUUUUUAGCAAUAAUCUACACAUCGAACUGAAUUAUCGUCAAAGUAUGAUGAACGCUAUAUUCAGUAGGUAA